AUGCCUGCAGCAGGGAAUCAUAUCGCGGAACCUGCAGUCAUUAUCGUUGACGGUUACACUGGACUACUCCCACCCGCGCCUGCUUGGGACACAUGCAAAUCGGUUGUGGCUGAUGUCGAAAUGCACAGUCAGGUCGAGGUCUCAUCGUUCACGCAAGAAGUGACGGUGGGCAUAUGCGUCGCUGAUGGCGCACCAAUGGACGUGGAUAUUGUAGUCGCACCUCAAAUUGCAGAUGGCGUGUGCACCGAGGAAGACAGCAACAUGCUCCAGGAAGAAGACGAAGCAGUUGAGAUGAAGCUCGACGGCAUUGCCCACGAAUUGGCGCCACACACUCUCAUCACCCCUCGCCUCAUGUUUCCGCAUUUGGGCUAUACAGGCCUUUUAUUUCCGGAAAAUAUCCACCCACAGCUAAGUCCGCCACUCCUUGCCGAUCCCAUAAAUAAUUUGCAGCCGUUGCCACCGCAACCUCCGUCAAUAUCCGCCGUCAACUCCUUCCACGCUGCGGUGCCCAUUGGCACAGUGGCUGAGCUAGCAUUCAGCGUGCAUCCGUACUCAGCGAUCCAUACGAGCUCCGAAAGAGACCAUUGGAACCCUGGCGGCUUAUGCGAUGCUCCAUUAGCCACUGCGAAUCAGGGAGAAGUAAAAUUUGCCAAUGCGUGUACAUCAUAUACAGAUGCCUUCUGUAGGAGGACGAGGAACGGAAGAGUAGAUUGGGGCGGCAUCAUGAAUGCAAACAUGACGUCGAUCAAGAUCUACCGCAAAACAUAUUCUGCUCUCAUGGGCGCAUAUCUGGACGACGACACUUGCAAACAGAUACGCGCCAGGGGUACGACCGCGCAUAAUGCGCGGGAGGAAAUGCGUAAACGACGGAAGAGAAUCUUGCCGAAUUGCGCCUUGAAUCCCGAAGGGAGCUCUAGAUCCAGGACGCGUUUUGCUCAAAAGCUGCAGUCAGCUGUGUACGCGCGUGCGGGCAGGAGCGCCAAGGCUCAGAGGCACAAAAGGACGAACAAGAUGGUCAAGCACCGUACAGGCGAUGACCUGGCUGAGCUUUGUCUCAUGCUAAUGCGGUUGUCAUUGAUGACCUCGUUCGACGCGCUACUGUGA